AUGGUGAGGGGACGAGAUGUAAGCAGCUAUUGUAAUCGUCAUGGAAAGAUAUCACAAAAUGUAUUAGCAGCUUGUAAGUGCCCCAAGAUAAAUGAAGGCGGAGUUGGUGAUUAUGGUAGUUGUGGUGGUGGGGAUGGCGGUUGUGGAGGUGGUGGUGGUGGUGGUGGUGGUAGUGGUAGCAUGGUGGUGGUGGUGGAUGUGGAGGUUUUGGAGGAGGUAGUGGUAGUGGUGAUGGUGGUGGUGGUGGAGGUGGUGGUGGAGGUGGUGGUGGUGGUGGCGGUGGUGGUGGUAGUGGAGGAGGAGGUGGAGGUGGAUUUCCGAUUGAACCAACAGACGAAUCUUCAUCAUCUUUUUUUGCAGUAUUACCAAUUAAUGAAGAUGAUACUUUUGAAACCUAUUGUUCAAAACCCAAGAACAACAACGAGAAGAUGCUAA